GAUGGGAUGAAAUAAUGAAGAAAUUUUAGGUUAGAAAGGACUUAGAAAUAUUAAUUAAACAACCUUCAAAACGCUAUCAUUAUCGAUUGUAUUGUUUUACAAGCAAGGCUUCUUAGAUAGUUUUAGAAUAACGUCGAGAUAAGCAUCCAGGCGAGAGAGUAGGCCAAACCCAAGCUUUAUCUCUUUGGUAUCGUGUUAGAGUCGGAAACCCUAAUCACAUCCGCUUCUUAAAGGCCCCUUCUUUUCGUAAUUCAAGCAGUCACUCAAUUAUUCGCUCUGGAUUUUGGUAGCCAGGGCUUGGCGUCCUUUGAUCGAUCGAUUGAUAAAUCAAUCAAUCAAGCACAAUCUGCGGAGACCCAAUUCGUUGAUUUCGGUUAGGUUGCUUUCCUUCUUUUCCAGUUCAUUCAAUUCUUGGAAGAAACCUUCGUAGAGCAAUCGAAGAAGCGUGAGAUUUACAAUGUUCGAAAGCUCCUUCAAGCUCGAACAUCCCUUGGAGAGGAGGCUGGCAGAGUCUGCUCACAUUCGAGGGAAGUAUCCUGAAAGAAUACCAGUAAUUGUCGAGAAGGCUGAGGGAAGUGACAUUCCUGAGAUUGACAAGAAAAAAUAUCUUGUCCCUGGUGAUUGUACUGUUGGGCAAUUUGUUUAUGUUGUUCGAAAGAGGAUUAAGCUCGGUGCUGACAAGGCCAUAUUUGUCUUUGUCAAGAACACACUACCUCCCACUGCUUCUUUGAUAUCUGCAAUUUAUGAGGAAAACAAGGAUGAAGAUGGCUUUCUUUACAUGACUUACAAUGGCGAGAAUACAUUUGGGGCCUUCUAAGCUCAGCGAUUCCUAUAUUUUGUGAAUAAAAUGCUCGGAGGUGUAAAUUGUUAGCUAUUUCAUAAGAAUUUAAAGUCUUGCCUAUAUUUAGUGCUAUCUGGGAUCAUGAAAAAUUUGUUGCCGGUAGCUUAUUGUUUUUAAGAGUUCUAUGUAAGUAUUCGAUUUCAGUGGAUAAAUUUCAAUUGUAGGUAACGUAUCAAUUUAUUUUGGGGUAUUUUGUUUGCUA